AUGGUGACGCGGGUGGAGGUCGGCUCCAUCACGCCCCUGCCAGGAGUGCCAGGCCUCGGGGAGAUCGCCAAGGAGGAGACCCUGACACGGACCUACUUCCGCCAGGCGGGCGACCCCUCGGGGGCUCCCUCGGCGCGGCUCCUGGAAGGAAAGAGCCCCCUCAGGAGCCCCGCACGCCUGCUCCCUCUGCCCAGACUCGCCCCCAAGCCCUUCUUCAAGGAGAAGGCCCCGGCCCGCCGGGGACCCGAGAGGCCCCACCCGGAGCCCCGCGUGGACGGGGAGUGUCUGGUCAAAGCAGAGGCUCCCCUCCCCGACCCCGACUCCGACUUCCUGGAGGUGGCCAAGAAGAUCCGCGAACGGAAGGAGAAGGCGCUUUCCAAGCAGGCCGAGCUGGGCGGCCUCAGCACUGCGGGGGGCUCGGCCAGGGUCACCCCCGCAGACGACCCGAAGCCCGGGGAAGAGAAAGCCAGGCUGGACACCGAGCCAGACAAGGCUCCCGAGUCCCCCUCGCCCAGGCCGAGCAAAGGCCGAGAAUGCGCGGAGGUCAAGAGCAGAGCGUCCGAUGGGGAAAUCCGGACCCGGGGAGAGUGGGUCUGCAGGGGCAGCGUCAAGAAGCGCCUCAGCCUGUUUGGGGAGGAAAGCGCCUUGGCCGUGGGGUCUGAACCCCCACUGGCCACCCCUGAGUCCCCAUCGGCUGCUCCAGAGCCCGAGAAAGCGGGACUGAGCGUCCAGGAUCGGAUCAAAGGCUGGGCCACCGAGAGCUCCAAGGUCAAGCCGGAGGUCAGGAGGCGGGCGUUCCAGGCUCGGCCACUGUCAGCGGAUAUGACCAAACUGUUUUCAAGUUCAGCUUCAAGCAGUGAAGUCAAGUAUGAGAGGUGCUCGGAGCCGAGUGGCGAGCUUGCUAAGGAGCCGAGAGAAAAGCAAAAGGAAGGGCCUGGUUUGGACGGAGCAUCUGCUCCAAGGAGCCCCUGGAAGCCGGGGACGCCCGGGGAGAAGUCCAGGCAGGCACCGCGGAAGGACAGUUCUAACCAGGUUCCCAGCAGCUGUCGCGGGGCAGGCUCGGCGGGGGCCCUGAGCUCCUCGGACGGCGCCCCGGAAGACGAGGGGAGCUUCCAGACCGUGAGGGCCACAGUGUUUGAGCAUCACGUGGAGAGACACACGGUGGCUGACCAGUCGGGACGCUAUCCCCCAGCCACAGCCCCUGGUGCUGUGACCCACGUCUCGGAGCCCCGACUCAGGCCCAAGGGAGGCUCAUGGCUGGGGAAGGACCCUCCAGAAAAGACGACCCUCAAGAAAGAGAACUCCAGGUGGUUGGAAAACCCCGACACCGAGAGAGUGGGACGGACCCCCCUCUUGAAUGGUGACCCCAAACAGGAUCACACGCCUCUCCCGGAAAGGCCCCCUCUGGGCGAGCAACGCAGUAGCCACCCCUUCCUGAAUGGCUUGGAGCACCCUCCCAGGUCACAGAGGGUUGAGCCCAAGUAUGACAUCAUGCACACAGUGGGGGAGCGUGCACACAGUGAGGCUGUCUCCACGGCGCCGGAGGAGAAAGCCGUGGAGCUCCGGAGUGGCGGCGGCAGGUCCCGUCUCUCGCUGAAGGGGAGGCAGCUGUCCCCCGAGGUCGCCCCUACUGACCCAGAGCGCAGGCCGGACAGUCAGGCGGGCUCCGUCCAAAGGGCCAGUCGGAUUUGGGAAGCCCAAGGGACGCAGGAGGUCAGCGGGCCCAUCCCGGACCCGUUGCCAAAGUGGAGAGGUGGGGCGGCCGGGAGCUGGCACAGAGCCACUCUGGUGGUCAGCGAUGACAUCAGCCCUGUGGUCCCCAGCGAGCGCUCGGCCAGGCCCUGUGGCCCUGAGGCCGCCUGUGUGAGGACCGUCCAGGCCGCCAGCAUCGAGGCCCAGCACCAGGGGCCCGAAGGGGCCAGGAACAAGCCAGGAGGCUGUGCUUCAGCGGGAGAAAGGGCUGCUCCCCGCGGCUGCCCUCUUGACGUCCCUUCCAGAGCCAAGGCUGAGCCCUCUGACCUCCGAGCACGGCCACCCCCCGACGGGCUUGUGCAGAAAGGGCCCCGAAUGGUGGCUGCCGGGGAGGGUGAGUGGAGGCCGACCCCGGCCCCGGAGCCUGAAGUCAGGAUGCGGAGGGGGACCCCCGGGGACCAGAGAUUCGACAAGUGGAGACGGCGGACAUUGCCCCACGACGUGAAGUUUGAGGAGUUCAGCUUCCUGGCUUCAGAGGGGGAGCAGCCGGGCCCCGAUUAUCUGAGCCCCACCGCGGGCGCCGUGAGGAAACGGCAGCCAUCCCGUAACAGGGUGGAGGCCCGGGAGGCGGACCCGGCUGUUUCCCGGGACCCGGCCCUCCCAGCUGUGAGCCCAGGGCCGUCUGGGGAACCCAAGGCCACCUUUUUUGCGGUGACAUAUCAGAUUCCCGAUGCUCAAAAGGCAAAGGGUGUUGUUAAGCCAGGGCCCGAAAGCUUGACGGGACAUUCUAGAAAAAUAGCUCUGCCUCCAUCGCCUCAUCCUUUAACUUCCACGUUGGUUUCUCCCAACCCUGAAGAGCCACUGGAGACCAUGGGCAGUAAGAGCCGGGCGCAGGGCAGAGAGCGUGACAGCGCCAGCUUUUCAAACACGCUAAAGCCAACAGAUGUUUCAUCGCCUCCUGGGGACAGGAUUCUGGAUCUUUCCACCGAGAGAAUCUUCGAUGCAGACGCUGUGUGUGUCCAUCGGCAACCAGAAGGCCGCACUGGGUUUCAGAAUGACUGGAGGGAAGGUGGGAGCAAGACGUCCCCCAGUAGCGCUCCCCAAACCAUCAGAAGGAGGAGCGAGGUGGUCAGCGAGACGUCCCCGGGCAAAGUCACAGGUGGCUACAGAUCCAGCGUUCUUGACAUAGACGCCCUGAUGGCCGAGUACAAGAAGCCGGAGGCUCCGGAGCGGACCGAGGGGCCGCCCGCAGAGCCUGGCUGGGCCCAGGAGCGGCCAGGCCAGCGAGGCGGGGUGGACCGGAGGCGGAGGAGCCUGAAGGAGGGGCCCGAAGAUGAGGGUCCCCGGAAUCAAGCCAGUUUUGCUGAAACAAACCGCGGUUCUAGUCCAGCCUCUGGCAGGCAGCUGGCCGAGAGCCCGGGGAUCGCCACGAGCCCCAAACUCAGCUCUCCUCUGUGGGCUCUGCCGCCCGGGGCUCCUGAAAAACAGCCAGGGGCCUCUCCCGGCCCCGGGGGUCCCGGGAAGAAGGUCUCGGGAAUCGCUGAGGACGAGGCCAAGGCCUUUGCUAGUAAACAUCACGGUGCAAAGCAUCAGGAUUACCCAGCCGCCUGGGAGGACCCCAGCCGUGGAGCCGGUGUGUUGGCCAAAUCCUCCCCAGCGGACAGGAAGAAAGGGACCCCGAGGAAAUCCGCCGGGCGGGGCGAGGAGGGCCAUGUGGCCCAGUGGGGUGACCACCCGCAGGACUGUGGCAGGUCACCGCUGGACAUCAAAAGGGCCUAUUCGGAGAAGGGUGCCCCUGCCAAAAUCCGAGAGGGCCUGUCCAUCAUGCAGGAAGCCAGAGAGAGGAGGCGAGAGCAGCCCAAAGGGAGGCCCAGCCUCCCUGGGGAGAGUUCGGAGGCCAACGAAACCAAAAUGGGGCCCUGUCGGCGGGACUCGGGGACUCGAGACAGUCAAAAGGAUCAGCUGAAACAGUGCUUCUCCAGGCGGCCCCCCGAGGCCAAGGACACCGACACCCUCGUACAGGAAGCCGACAGCCAGUAUGGGACGUGGAGGGACCAGCACCAGAGCGGGGAGAGCGUGGCCCCUGAGUCCCCGUCCCCGGACAGCAGUGCAGCGUCGGCGUGGAAGCAGCCCUCCAGCAGCCGCUUGUCCUCACUGUCCUCCCCCACGGAGGCCACCUCGGCCGGGGACCAGCAUGACUGCCCCAGGGACCAGCGGAGCACCAGUGUGGACCGCUCCAGCACCGACCUGGAGUCCACUGACGGGACGGAGGGGCCGCCCCCGCCCGACACCUGCUCUACAAAGAAAGUAGACGACUUCUCCUUUAUCGAUCAAACCUCAGUCCUCGACUCAAGUGCCCUCAAGACCCGGGUACAGCUCAGCAAGAGAAGCCGCCGCCGGGCUCCCAUCUCCCACUCCCUCCGGCGCAGUCGAGUCAGCGAGUCAGAGAGCAGGUCUCCGCUGGAGGAGGAGGAUGACACCAUGUGGAUGUUCAAGGACUCAACAGAAGAGAAAUCCCCCAGGAGAGAAGAGUCCGACGAGGAGGAAAAGCGGUCCGAGAGGUCACCCAGCAGCCAUCCCCAGAGGAUGCCCGCGUUUCCGGGCAUCGACCCGGCCAUGCUCAAGGCGCAGCUGCACAAGAGGCCAGAGGCGGACAGUCCCAGCGAGGCCCCUGGCUGGGCCCCCCAGCCCAAGACCCCCAAAUCCCCCUUCCAGCUGGGCAGUCGUGUGCUGCCCACCAGCCUUGAAAAGGACGAGAGAUCAGAAGAGACCUCACCCCAGUGGCUAAAGGAUCUGAAAUCUAAGAAGAGGCAAAGCCUGUAUGAGAAUCAAGCUUGACCAGACGGGGACACCGCCACGUCUCAUGAACAGAAGCCUUAACUGUCAGACCCCCAAGACGAGGCCGCGCUGCUGCCGUUCCCUCCUGCACAGCGGUCACCUGCCUGGGCCCCGCCUUCCGGUCAGGGCAGACGCUGUCCGGGCUCCACCCUCCGCAGGCUCUCAGGAUGGACCAGAUCGGACCGGAUCAGGCGGAAAGGCUCCCUCUUCACGCACCUGCACGCCUCCCAGACAGCACUCCAGGCUGGGAAAGAAGCCAGGCUGCCCAGAAAUGUCCAUGUGGGCAGUUUUGUUGCGGUUUUUAAUGUAAAAGUGCAUUUCCGCCCACGUCAGCAGCAGCUCUGGGAGCACGGGUCGGUUCUGGAAAGCACCCGAACUGUGAAGCGCCUUCUCCCCUCCCAGGGCAGGUCUUCCCAAGAGGACUUUCCAGGAAAGGAGAAGCCGCUCGUUUCCUGCUGGUGUGUCCGGGCAGCACCGCGGGGCGGGCGUCCUGAUUGCUUUUUGGCCAGUUCCCCUCCCUCUCGGAAGCUCAGAAGUUCCGAUGUUAAGCGUCCCCUUCCUGUAUUUAUCCUUCCCAGGGGCCGUGCGCACAGCUGGCCUCUUUUCUUGCGUGUCACGUUUUGUUUGCUUUCGAAGGUGAUGAAGCAAUAAUGCAGCCACUUUCCCUUGAACAUGGCCGUGUAUAUAAGCUUUCACAUUGAGGAACGGGAGGAGAGAGGCGUGGCUGCUUUGCCGGGAGUAUCUGGUCAUCUCAGGUUACCUUGUCCCUCUCCGAGCUUUUUGUAGACAUUCUGAUUGUCACUUGUGUGUCUCCCUGGUUUCUUGCCCUUGUGAGCUCUGGUUUCUGUGGAGGGACCCGUCCCUUGGCCUCCAGGGUCAUACGCUGCAGCCCCUGGCAGUGCCUUUCCCACCCGUCAGACCCGCCUGGGGAUUUUCCCAGCGUUGAUCUCCAUCACUGCCUGCGCUACGGGAAGAGCCGGUCCGCAGCGGCCUCGCUGAGCAGAUGCAGGGAUGAGGGGCUCUUGUGUUUCUACUCACCUCUUCCUUCUACCAACCCUCCCCCUGCAUCCACCAUCUUUUUAGGUCUGGCGGAAAGCCCUUCUCGGCAGGGGAGCUCCCCAGGCCAGGGACGCGGACAGAGCGCUGGGUGCUGGGUGCUGGGUGGCGGAGCGGAGGUUUACCUGCCUCUUUUUCUUGCUGUCUCUCCUCUGUCCUUCUCUUGGGGAAUCCUCCACACCAGCCUCCUCCACCUGCGAAGCCCAAGGCCCCAGCAAACAUCCCAGAAAUGCCUGCUGGCCACCUGCCAUGCCUGCAGUCGCCAUAAACUUUGUGCCAACCUUCCCUGGGAGAUGCCCUUUGGAGAGAGAGAUGCUUGGGCAGUUCACAGGGCGGCCGGUGGUGGCCGAAGGGCCCUGGGGCUGUUUCCUCAUGGACACAUACACUGCAUUGGCUAGAUAUAGACACACACACCCCAACUCCCCAAAAGGUGAAAAUCUUCAUAAAUCCCAAUAUUUGCAAAUGGUGUCAAAGCAUACCUCCCUUCCCAGCCACCUCUCAGGAGUCUGUGUGUCUGCCCAUCGCUCUUUUCGCAUCAUCUCCCUUUACCUCCGCUCUUCUCUUGGGGGUGGGGAGAAGGGGACAGCAGUCCUGUUUCUCUGGGGUAAGACAGCCUGUGCCCUGGGGAGCGGCUCGCUUCAGCACCGCAGACAGUGACCGGAGCGCCCUCCCUGAGUCCUGCGGGCUGAGCUUUGCUGCUUACCGAUGGGCACUGGUUGGACCCCGUCGCCCACCCAUCCUGUGGGUCUGGAAGCCUCGUGCAUCUGCGUGUGGAGGCCUGGCCUUGCUUGAUCAUAGCUGUGUCCCCUUCGUUCCCUGAGUAAGUGCUUGAUCCGUUCUCUGGAUGUUUGGGGAUGGAAUUCCUCCAGGAGCUGCUGGUAGACGUUUGUUGCUCGUGCUCUAUAACAGCGUUGAUGUGGUGGCUCCUGGUCAGGAGGCCCCUGGGGCACUGCUAGUUCCUUCCUCGGCUGCUGCUUGCUUUGUCCUUCUGAAGGUGGGAAGGGCCCCUUGGGACCAUCUCAGGCAGCAGGAAGUGGCCCAUUCUGUCCAGUGAGUGUAGCGCACUCACCACGCACAACUCUCAGUUCUGUUUUAGCCCAAGUUUACCUGACAGGAAAGAAAAACACAUGAAAAGGAGAUCUUUUGCCUACCCUCCCCACCCCCCAUGACUGGAACUAAAAGUUCAGUUGAUUCCAUGGUGAUUAAGACACACAAAGUCCACCCCUUUCAACUGACUAGAGCAGACUCUGAACAUUCUCCCAACUUCUUCCAUUUCCUGCUGCCUCCUCUCUCCAUGCAGAGCAGACAAUCACAGUGGGUCAGGAGGGACCCUCCCUGUGCAGCCCGCCCCCCCUCCGCCUCAGGAACCCCUUGGGGUCAGUGCAUCCAGGUCAGAGGGAUUGACGUCUGCGCCUGUGCAGACAGCUGGGCCAAUGGGGUGUGUGCUUCUCUUUCAAAACGGGGCGAGCUCUUUGGGGCAAAGCAAGGGUUUGUAUUCCAGUUUCCCGAGUGGGCCUGGGGUCACCCUUGGAAAUCUGUCUCCUUUACACUGAAUAUGCCUUAAUCAUCUGUAUGCAGUCAAGCCCUGCCCGCCUCUCUCCUUCCUCCCCUGAGCCGGUGGCUCUCCUUAGUGAGUCUUGCACAAAAGGCCAAUUGCUACGGAUGCACCAUCUCAGCCACCUUCCUCCCCGUUCCCUCCCUCCCUCCCCCCUCCCUCUCCACACACACCCUUUGACCCUUUGCACAUCAGCAUCUUCACAGAUGACCUCUUGACAAGCCUGUAUGUUCCCCCCAGUGGAGCCCCUUCCUCGUGGUCUCUUGUCUAAGGAGGCAGAGGCCUCUGGCCUAUGAACCUCCCGGCAUGGCCUCCGGCGUCAGUGCUGCGGAGGAUGACUUGGUGCCACCAGAGAAAUGCCGGGGCCGGGAGACCUUGCGGGGUUUGGGAUGCUGGGGAUGACGGCCUCAGGUGCCUAGGGUUGGGGGCCAGGACAAUCAGAUGGGGAUGUUUUCCAGGGGGACCAGCCACACCCUGUGCUCUCGGACAAAUGUGUUUUCUUCUGUGCAUCCCGGGAAGUGAGGCCAGAUGUUUCGAAAGAGCAAGACUAGACGAGGCCCAGGCCUGAGAUCCUAAACCUCAGAGGCUGCGCAAGGGGUUUAGGAAAGCCCUUGGCGUCAUUUCUCAAAGGAGCUGCCCACCUGGUGCUGAGAGCUGCCUUGUCCAUUCCCGCUUUUCCAUUUCCCACCGGGCACCCCGGGUUGCCCCCGGCUCCGGGCAUAACUGCAAAGCUAAGUGUCCACAGGUGUGCGGGCGGGUCACCUGCAGAACGAAAUGCUUUCUUAAAGGUGGAAGACAGCGUCCACCCACAGAGAGGGCUGUCCCCCUCAGCCCCUGCGGCCCCUCCCACGAAGCCCUGUCCCUUAACAGGAAGCUGGCCGCCGGCCGCCUUUGUAUGAACUAGCAUUCAGGGUGGGCCUGUCAGAGGGGGAGGGGGGAGGAAAGCGCUCUGGGUGGGACCUCCCAGCCCGUCCGUGCAGCCAUGGCAGGUCACUUCCCUGAUGGACAGCCUGUGCCGUUCCCCCGGGAGCACCGUCUGCGAGUCGGACAGGCACCUGCGGACCAUCUCUGGUGGCGUCGCGCCCGUGCAGAAAUACGACGCUGUUGUCUACAGAAGAACUUGAGCCUUUUUCACGAUCUCACUCCACAUGGCCUUAUAGAUCCUGUAAAUAGGGGGCUGACAAAAGUCAUAUAUUAUGUUACGGGCGACAUUUUGUACGGAGCUGUUUCCUAAAUCAAACCAAUAUUCUAGAAGUCAAGCACUUCCCACCUGAUUUUGAUCCUCAGAUGCUUUGUAAGACGGGGGAGUGGAAAUACAUAGACGUAGACUGUAUAUUUUCCUAGCCUUUUCUUCCGGGUCCCUUCGUCAGAGCGUUGAGUCCCGACAGAGAAGGAACCCAGUUGGGUGAGUGGGAAAGUUAAGCUCCUGCCCGCUGGCAUCCUCGCAGUUGCCUUAGAAUUCGCCAGCCCUGGAGUUCUGCACGGGAGGAGGCAAGAGGCACUUUAUCCAACCCCAGAGGGAACCUCGAAUCGUGUGACUGACAAUUCACCUAGAAAAAAGCCUAUAUUUUUAACGUCGAAACCACGGGGCUCCCUGGACUCACCGAGUAUUGGACGUUGACAAGUGCUUUUAUAUUUUGUAACUGUAAAGAGUUUCAUACGCACAUCGAGAGCAGUUGGGAAGCCGGCCAACUGCCCCCAAACGAGAUGACCUUUGCAUGUACAAAGAUGUUGCAUUCAGACCAUGAAAACAGAAAUAAAGCUUUGGUGCAACUUGCACUGGAGAA